UCUCACGCCGUAAUUGGACGAAAACGUGCGUUUGUUUUCAUGAUCUCAUCCAUAUCAAAGCGUUAAAAUGGUGCGUAAACUAAAAUUUCACGAGCAGAAAUUGCUCAAGAAAGUAGAUUUUAUAUCGUGGAAAGUGGAUAAUAACUUGAACGAGGUGAAAGUGAUGAAAAAAUACUAUGUUCAGAAACGAGAAGAUUACACAAAGUAUAAUAAGCUUUCUCGUGAAAUCCGUGAGUUAGCGAACAAAAUCAAAGACCUGGACGCAACGGCGGAGUUUCGCACGGAGGCGAGCGCGCAGUUACUGGAGAAACUGUACCAGAUGGGGCUCAUCCCGACACGCUGGGACUUGGCGCUGGCCAUCAACGUGUCCGCGAGCUCCUUCUGCCGGCGGCGGCUGCCUGUCGUCAUGUGUAGAAGUAAAAUGUCAGAGAACCUGAAAGAGGCCACAAAGCUGAUUGAGCAGGGGCAUGUGCGUGUAGGCCCUGAGGUGGUGAAGGACCCCGCGUUCCUGGUUAACCGGUCACUGGAGGACUUUGUCACGUGGGUCGACGGCUCCGCUAUCAAGCGGCAUGUUAUGGAGUAUAAUGAGAUGCGGGACGACUUUGAUCUUCUUUGAGGGUACUACAAGCGAGGACAAGAUAUACUUAGGCUAUAAUUAAUUAUUACCAAUUUAGCUUUUAGAUACUGUAGGGAACAUUAUAUAGAUAUGAUGAUAAGAUUUUAUGUAAUGUGUGAAUGUGUGUGAAAAGGUUUAGGUCAUAUUACCUUCAUAGUAAGAUCACGAAAAAACUAUUUAAUAAUUCAGUAGAAACUCCUAAAUCCAUAAAAGUAUAACUUUCGGGAAAUACUCAUUAUAGGAUAGGUAUCCUUCAAAGUUAUGAUUCAAUGUUUUACCUCUAGCCUCCCGCAGUCCUAACACUAGUACAAAUACAAAUUAACUCCAAUUAAAUUAGAUCAUCGUUAUUAAAUGAACCAGAGUUGUUAUUGAUUUGCAACUAAACCAAAUAAUCAAUUCUAUUUUCUAAUACCAUUUAUUCCAAUUUUUCUGGUAUGGUGGGCGCUAGAGGCUAAAAUAACUCCAUACACUAAGAGAAUUUUUUUGUUAUUAAUGACCUAUGACCUGAAUGAAGAAAGUAAAUA